UCUUCACGGACCUUCGCGGGGUUUAACCAGAUGGUUACACGAGCUCCACCUACUGUCUAUGGCUCCACCAAUCAGAAGCAACACUGUGGGAUUGUUCAGGAUUGUGGGUAAUGAAGUACUUAGCCAAGACAUCGCGAAUAAAUGGCAUUUAUAUCAAAACAAGAGAUCAUGGCAUCUUCACCUAAAGUAAAGAGAACUACUAAACAUGGAGAUGGUGCACAGAAUCUCCUCAGAUCCCAGAAGGACGCCUAUGCCAGACUUCUUAAUCAGCAUCAGAAUGGCAAGUUUCGAUCCUACUUGCAAGAGAUAGCGAAGCAGCAGGUGGAGGAUAGCAUGAGUACAUCAGUUAGCAGGUCUGUGAAUGUUUUGAGCAGGAGAAAAAAGGGCAAUUCCGAGUCCUCUUACUCUGUUGAUAGUUUAUCCUCUCAACAGAGUAGGCAGGUGGCUGAUGCCUCCAUCUGUUUGUACAUGGACAAAACCAACUAUCAGGUGACAUGCACUGAAGACCAGGGCAUAAAGUCUGGCAUGCUGGAAAAGCAUGACAGAAUGGAGCUACAUAAGGCUGCUGCACCCAAAAAGGUACACUCAAAACCGCAGCACAAGAGAAAUGAAAAAGACAUCAAAAUGAGCUCUGAUCAAGUGGGAUCUGAGGAAGGUGACAGUCAACAGUUGAGAUGUUCUCGUGGGGAGGAACAAGCAAAGAACAAAUCAAAGAAGAAGAGAUUAAAAGGAAAUUUAGCGAAAAAAGACCAGGGGGAAUGUGGUCGUGAAGUUGACCUCAUUGCUGGGAAAUCACCAAAUGAAAACAAAGCUCCUCAAUCUCAAGCGUCAAAAGAAAGCUUACCACAAAACAAUAAAGAUAAAGGCACCAAAGGUGGUAGAGGGUCUUGGAAGCAACUGUUUGAGCAGUACAUACUCAAAGAGGAUGUUUCUGCAGGCCUGGAGAGAGGAGAACUCAUAAAGGGAGUACUGAGAAUAAACCCUAAGAAGUACAAGGAAGCCUUUGUCCCGUCUCCUGAUGGGUCAGCUGAUAUCUUUCUGGAUGGGAUUGCAGCUCGUAACAGGGCUCUCAAUGGAGAUGUUGUUGUGGUGAAAGUCCUCCCCCCUGAACAGUGGAAGGCAGUCAGUGGAGAUAUAAACGAGAGAACUUUAGCCAAUCAGAUGGUGCCAAAGGCUUCUGAUGUCAUAGAGGAGGCCCAUUACAAUGAAGAUGAUGAGGUGAUCGGUAAAAUGAAGAAAGUCUGUCUCCAGGAUGAAGACCUUGUCACAACACAAUCUGUCAAACAUGGAAGUGCAUUCAACAUUUCUGGACCAAGUUCAGAUAGAGCCAUGCAAAGGACUGGAAAGGUUGUAUUCAUUUUUGAGCCAAAGCACUCCAGGGCAGCAUCAGGCUUCAUUAAAUUUCUCCCUAACAAGAAAUUUGCAAUGUUCUCUCCUGUGGACCAUCGGAUUCCAAGAGUUAAUGUGCCUCUAGCAGACUGUCCUGCAGACUUUGUCUCCAGACCUGGAGACUAUGAAAACACACUCUUUAUUUGCCGAAUAACACACUGGCCAGCAGACAACAACUUUGCUGAAGGGCGGCUUGCAAAAACGUUAGGGCAAGCAGGUGAAAUAGAGCCAGAAACAGAAGGUAUCAUGACAGAAUAUGAAGUUGACUUCUCAGAGUUUUCAGAGGAGGUCUUGAAUUGUCUUCCCCAAGAUCUGCCCUGGAGCAUCCCUGCUUUUGAACUCUCUAGAAGAAGAGAUCUCAGAAAAGAAUGUGUAUUUACCAUCGACCCAGCUACAGCUAGAGAUCUAGAUGAUGCACUAUCCUGCAAACAGCUCUCAGAUGGCAAUUUUGAAGUUGGUGUUCAUAUAGCUGAUGUGAGUUACUUUGUGGAGGAGGGAAGUGUGUUGGAUCAAAUCGCUGGUAAAAGAGCCACAAGUGUUUAUCUGGUUCAGAAGGUAAUUCCUAUGUUGCCUCGACUUCUGUGUGAGGAGCUGUGCAGCUUGAAUCCUCUGACUGAUCGACUGACAUUCUCUGUUAUUUGGAAGCUUUCUCCAGAGGGAAAGAUCCUGAGUGAGUGGUUUGGCCGAACUGUUAUCUGUUCCUGCAUUAAGAUGAGUUAUGAUCAUGCUCAGAGUAUGAUUGAAGCUCCUGACAAGCACUUCAGUGUUGAAGAGCUGCCACCCUGCUCCCCGAACCACAAAAUCCAUGAGAUACAAGAAGCCAUUCUCAACUUGCACAACAUUGCCAAACAACUUCGAGCACAGCGCUUUGAGGGCGGCGCUUUACAGCUUAACCAGCUGAAGCUAUCUUUCACCCUUGAUAAGGAGUCCAGCAUGCCUCAGGGCUGUUAUGUCUAUCAAUAUCAGGACAGCAACAGACUGGUGGAAGAAUUCAUGUUGCUGGCAAAUAUGGCUGCUGCCCAUCAGAUCUACCGCACAUACCCAGAACUGGCCAUCCUGCGUAGACACCCGCCACCCCAGAGCAAAAUGUUAGAUGACCUGCAGGAGUUCUGUGACCAGAUGGGGCUUGACAUUGACUUCAGUUCAUCCAGAGGACUCCAUAUGAGUCUAAAUGAAAAUCUUCAUAAUGAUGAGUAUGCUGCUUCCAGGAGGGAAGUUCUCACUCACAUGUGCUCUAGGGCAAUGCAGAUGGCGUCAUAUUUCUGUACUGGAGCUCUGAAAGAUGAGAAUUCCUUCCGUCAUUAUGCUCUGAAUGUUCCUCUUUACACACACUUCACUUCACCUAUACGGCGCUAUGUUGAUGUCGUAGUGCACCGUCUACUGGCUGCCUCCCUUUACUGUGGACCACCACUGAGUCUUUCAUUAGAGGAAGUACACAAACUGGCCUCCCACUGCAAUGACAGAAAGACUGCUUCAAAGAGAGUUCAGGAGCUGAGCUCUGAACUUUUCUUUGCUGUCUUUGUUAAGGAGUGUGGUCCUUUGGAUUCAGAAGCUAUGGUGAUGGGAGUUCUAGACCAGUCCUUUGAUGUGCUUGUACUUCGCUACGGAGUGCAGAAACGCAUCUACUGUAAUUCAUUAGAGGGACUGAAGGCAGUCCACUUCCGUAAAGUGGGAAAGAGACCAGAGAUGACGCUUGUUUGGGAACAAGGUGACCCCAGCAAAGAGUCCACACAGCAGGAGAUUUCCAUCUUCACCCUGUUGAAUGUUCAGCUGAAGGCAGAUGAAGGUCCUAUGAAAUACAGCGCUGUGCUCAAGAGACCCUCAGAAGUCGUAUGAAUUUUAUUAUUUUUUUUAUUUUUUUUUAUUAUUUUUGCUUGCAGAUUUCUUAACCAAACAGUAGUAAGGCUUUCAUUUGCAUCAAUAUAAUAUGAACUUUGUUUUGAAUAAUUUUAUUUUUGAUUUUGUCCUGAAAUCUUUCAGUUGCAGACUUCUUUUAAGUUAGGACAAACUGUUCGAUGCCAUUCAGAGAAUAGUUUCCAAAGUUAAUUUUAGUUUUUACAUUUUAUGCUGUAGUAUAUUACAAUCUUUCACCUUCAUAUGCUUUGUAAUAUUUGGUUAUUGUGUUCUGUCUUGUACCUACUAGUAUAUGCAGCCAGAAAAAUGAAGUUCUGUAAACUUCAGAAGUUGCAGAUAUGUCAAUGAUUAUUUUGUUUUCUCAGUGGGAAGAAUGGGCCCUUAAAUUUACAGUCUAACUUAGUUGUUUUUGGGACUAUAUUAGCUUGCUUGAGUAAUUGUUUGGUUUUGUUGCAAAUAUUGGAUCCGUUAUUUUUUUUUUAAAAUAGGACAUUUGGAUAAAUAUUUUGUUAACUAUUGAUAGAUAAUUUUUAAUAAUUGUAAAGCAUCAUUAUUUUUGGCACUGCUUCUUAUGAAGAAAACUUCUGGCAGACAGUUUUAGUAAACAAACACUUCACUGGUGGCUUGUAUGUAAAGGUGUUGGCCCAAAUACCACAUACAUUUGAAUACUGUUUUACUGAACUUCUAUUUAAUGUCUUUAAGAAAUGUUUUGUUAAUUUUGUGUAGUUCAUUAAAUGCAUCUAAUAUAAGGUAGUGGUUGUUGUUUUUGUUUUUUGCGCACUUGAGAUCUUGUAAGAUACAUUAACUAUUUACUCAAACUAUUGAUCUAGCAAACAUUGUUUAAUUUACUCUAUGGUGUGAAAUGUAAAACUAAGAAACACCAAAUGUUUUCCAUUGGAAAAACCUAUUAUAGUUAAAGGGAUACUCCACCCCAAAAUGAAAAUUUUGUCAUUAAUCACUUACCCUCAUGUCGUUCCAAACCCAUAAAAGCUUAAUUCAUCUUCCAAACACAAUAUAAGAUAAUAUAAGAUAUAUUCACAUCACAAUAUAUGAAAACCAGGAGGCUUGUGACUGUCCCAUAGACUGCCAAGUAAAUUGUACUGUCAGGGUCCAGAAAAGUAUGAAAAGCAUCAUCAGAAUAGUCCAUCAGUGGUCAAACCGUAACGUUAUGAAGUGACGACGAAUACUUUUUGUAUGAAAAAAAAAAAAAAAAUUCAAACAAUUAGUCUCGUCUGUGUCUUUCCGCAUUACCAUAGCACCAUUUUGGGGAAUGUGAGCAGAACGCAGGCAGCGUACACAAUUCUGUGUUUAUGCUUUGAUUUGAAAGAAACCAUGCAUCCGCGUGGCAAGGCCGACACAGAAGAGCAUACACUGCUGUGUUCAACUCAUAUCCCCCAAAAUGGCACUAAGGUGAUAGACAUAGAGGAGACGAAUUGUUGAAUUAAGUCAUUAUUUUAAAAAAAUUAAUUAUUCUCGUCACUUCACAAUGUUACGGCUAAACCACUGAUGUCAGAUGGACUAUUCUGAGGAUGCUUUGGAAUGACAUGAGGGUAAGUGAUUAAUGACAAAAUUUUCAUUUUGGGGUGGAGUAUCCAACGAGAAAGAAGCUGUAUGAUGUAACAAAAAUGUUUUAGCAGUUUUAUUAUUAAAUAUUGGAAAAAAAAAGUUGCCCAGUUGUUGUUUUGUAGUUUGGUAAAAAUUAUCCAUGAAUAAAUUGUCAAAGUUUUAAAUCUGCAUAGGCUAUUAUAUUUUAUAAGAGACUUAUGUUGUAAGUACUGCUGUAGGUGCUACAUUUUAUGUAAGGGUACAUUUGUUGUAACAUGGGUCUAAAACAGUCUUUAAAAAUAUGUAUUUAUAAACAGUGUAACUAAUUGGAGAAACCUGUGGUUUUAGGCAGAAGAAUGUGAUUGUGUGAUAUUGACUGCAAAACUAAUAAAACCACCAAACUGUU